AUGAUGGAUCCACCCUUACCAAUCAAGCAUCCGAUCCUUGAAGUUGGUACAAGCAAACGAGUAGUGUAUUGAGCCUCCCCAGAUUCCUUCUCAGUUUUUUCACUGCAUCUAGGCUGAAGGCGGACUGCAGCAUCAAUAGUUGGGGAUACUGGGUCUUCAAAGAACUGGCAACAAAAUCAGGAUUUCCAACAUCAGCAUAGUCAAUAAACAGAUUAAAGUAUCAAUCAUGACUAAAGGUGGCAGAGACCUCUUUUGCAGUGAUUGCGAUAAUACAAUCAUCUUCAGCAGAAGAACUAUCGACUUUAAUUGAUGCUCCAGACUCCUGCCUGAUUUGUUUAAUGAUGACGCCACCUUUGCCAAUCACCCCUCCAAUGAGGGCUGAUUGACAGACCAACCGAAGAGAGAACUCUCUAGAAGAACUUUCAUCCCUUGGAGGAGGAUAAAAGGAGGUCCAAUCGGCUCCAGCAUCUGCUCUGUAUCCCCCAUAAGGAGUCAUAAUCGGCCCCAUGACUGGGCCACCAGCAGAACCACCAAACUGAUUCACAGGUGGGAACAGACUGGCAGAAGCAAGAAGGUGCUGUGAACGAGAGGGGUUAUCAUGGAGACAAUUUGAAAUUUGAAAUAGAGCUUUCCUCGCAACAGGAGCUUCUCCAGUGAUCUAGAAACAAUCACAACAAAAUAUCAGACAUAUGGCAUCAUAUUGAACAUAAUACACAACUUUUGUUAGCAUGUACCUGCAGGAGCUCGUCUCCACUAAUGGCACAUGGAGGAAGCUCAUUCUUCAGGAUACGAAUCUGAGCUCCAGUUUCGCUGCGGAUGGCCUGGAUAAUUUGACCACCUUUCCCAAUUAUGCAUCCAAUUUGAUCGGAUGGUACAAGAAGACGAACAGUAACUUGUGGGGCAUCAGCAUCAGGGUUUUCUUCAGUUGGAGCCUCGUCUGCAACAAGUCUUUCAUGUACCUUGAAGAGAGCAUCUUGAGCAGGACAGAUAUCAUCACCAGUGUCUUCAAACGUAUUUGUUUUACGACUUGAGCUGAAAAUAGUUAUAACUCUAUACUCACAGCCUGGAAUUGUUUCCCCAAUCCUAAUCUUAGACUGACUCUCAGAUCUUAACUGCUUCACAAUUUCACCCCCUCUACCAAUUAUACUUCCUAUCUUUCCACCAGGGCAUAAGUAUCGGUAGACAGUAUCAUCUGGUCCAGGUGCAUACGAGUCUCUAUCAUCUCCUGGAUUUCUUCGCUUACUUCCACCAUUUUCAUUAUAGUCCAUUUGAGGGUGUGGGCGCUUUCCAUAGUUAUUCCUCUGUCCAGCCAUUUUGGUUACGUGCUUUAAGAGAGAUUAUGGUUUGAUCGCCUGGGUUCAAAACCAUGGCAUAGAUGUUAUGCAUAG